CCACAAUCAUCUGGAAAUGGCGGACGAGGAAACAGAUCUUGCCAAUGGAGAGGGUUCAUCCACCAAUGAGCAGUCCAGUCUGCUUCCUGAGGAAAAAUCAAGUGUUGGCAAAGUCGUCUCAUCGCCUAUUCCCGGAUUUCCACCUUUUUUCCAAUUCGCAAAACUGCAAACCGAAGCAAGUGGAUGGAAUUCUGAUGUGACAACAGCAACUGAGUUCACGAGGUGCAGUGAUGCAAUGACAGACACAGCAUCAUUCGUAGAUAACGCAGGGGUCAGCCACGAUAACGCAGUUGAUUCGUCACUGUCAGGUAGUGCUGCAGCUGAAUCAACGCCUGUCGAUGGAGUUGACGUGAUUGAAAAUAUGGAAAAACGCGAAAAUGUACCCGAGCAGGAAGAUGGCGAGGUGAACCACGAGGGUCUAGACAAAGAAGAUGAGGAUGGCGCAAUAAACGAUGAGCCAGACGAAGAAGAGGCAGAAUCGGAUCCUUAUUUUUACACUAAGCGAGAUGAAUUUACCUCCGAGAUUUAUAAGAUAGAACUUCAAAAUCUGCCCAAGAAAUGUGGUUAUAAGGUGAGUUACUUUCUUAUCUCUUACCUAUCAACCUGAUUAAGGUCUCUUAAGCAUGCAAAUGAUAACGAACUGUCUAAGGCUUCAAUCAGCAUUUCAUAGUUUGAAACCAGGUACAAGAAGGAGUUUCGUGUUGAUCAAGCAACAUGGAUUAAACGUAACGUUGAAUUAAAGGAAUAAUAAUAUAGGGAAAAGGUUUAUGACCAAGAAAGUUAAUCUUCCUUACGAUAGAAUGCAGCGUGGGAUAUGAAAUCUUUUGUUUUGUUUUUUUUUGGUUGUUGUUGUUUUUUUUUUGCCUGCAAGUGUACAGUUGAGUAAUGUAACUAAGUAACGUAACCACAGGCUAACCAUCCAGUCUUAACACCCUAGCAUAUCCUAAGGGUAUGAACUCUGCCCAUACUGUUCUAGAACAAAGUGUUAGUCCCGACGGCAAUCUAUUGUUUUCACUAUUGACUCCUAGUUAAUAUGCACACUUAAGUAUGGGGCUGUCUGGAAAUCAUUCUUAUCCUUAAGUGUUAUUGUGAAAAUUUCAUUGUGAGACAAUAGAGCUCCUUACACUGAAUAUUCCUCUAUGUAAAAAGGUUUCGUAUUAGUACGUGAUCUUGUGAGAUUUUUCAAACAAAUUUAAGGUUUAGGAGUUUUGUGCUUAAAUUGAUGCAGCUUUCUCAAGGUAAGAACAAUCUUUACUUAUUUUAAGACAAAAAGAUAAGUCCUUAUCCUCUGACUGUUUCUAUGAAAUUUUUUAGGAUAAGUUUUGCCACCUACUAAAAUGCCUUUUAAAAACCCCGCAUUUUCCAGAGAAGAUGGUGAAAUGCAUUGGUUACUGACUUAUUUUAACAACCCUGGACUGAUCCAGCACAUAGACUUCCUCAGCUUGUCUGUUUUGUUUACCCAUUUCAGGUAUCAAGGAAAUUCCCAGUGUUAUUUUUUUGUAACUUAUGCAAACAUAUGCAGGUGAAUAAGAGGAAAUUUAAAAGGAACAGUUCUCUAAAGUAUUAUCACAUGACUUGAAAUGGGUAAAAAAAACCAUACAAGCUAUAGAGGGUUAUAGAUUUUCAGUUUUUUUUAAUCAAACAAACCUGUGCUGUGGUAUUAAAAAAAUAUCAAAGUAUUUCCAAAUUGUGGAUGAGUCAUUUCCAAGAUAUUUGCUCAUCUUGCAAUCAGUUUCUGAUCGGUUGAAACUCUAACCAGCAAAGAAAUAACCUUUACCUGUUGAGCUCAAAACAGAGCUUGGAAACUAUGCUGCGAUUCAGAUCAUACUUCAGCUUUUCAUAUAUGUGUUGACAAAAGAAACCAACUUUCUCAAUCCUUUUAAAUAUUCAAACACAGUGAUAAGAACAGUAUGAAAUUUAAUACAGCAGCUGCCCAUUUCAACCAUCCAGCUUCAACCUGUCAGUAAAAGAUUCAGAAGUUUAUUUUUUAAUUUAUAACUGAUUACUUUAUACUGUUUUUGUGUCACUCUUGUAUUCUCCAGCAAUUCAAGAAGAUGAUUGCAAACAGACUCAACGUAAGACCAGUGAAAGUUAAACUACCCCCAGGAGCAAAUCACGCCUACGUCACCUUCAGGUACAAUGCAUGGCAGCUGCUUAAUACUUGAAAUUGUAAGAUAUGUUGCUGCUUGGAAAUAUGUACAUGAAAAGCAUAUAAAUUUAGGCAUAAGUGCUUAAAUAUUUAACCUUAAUGCAUAUGAACUGAGCAUACAUGCUCAUAAGCAUGUAUGUGACUGUGAGCUACAUGUAGAAGUGUUUGUUUCAAUCACCCCUCAAGCCAGUCUUCCCAAAACAGUCGAGCCUUGAUUAUCCAGACUUGUCGGGACCUUGGUAAAUAGUCCGGAUAAUCGAAAAUAUGAAUAUUAAUGAGAUAGAAAUGAAACCAAAGGUAUACAAGAUCACAACUAAUUAAUAUUCAUGAAAAAAUUGGGACCAGAGAAAAAAGUCCGGAUAAUCAAAUAGUCUGGAUAAUCGAGGUUCGACUGUACACUGUUACAUACAUAUGCGACUUUGUACUAGGUAUAUACAAUCAUUGAACAAUAUGCUUUUAAAAUUUGUAUUUGCAGUUAACAAACAUCUAAGUGGUAUGAUACUUUUGAAAACAUUUCUUGUGUUGUUUAAAUUGUACGGGAUGUGCAAACCCCUACUUAAACCUAAUGCAUGAUAAAGCGAAGACAUGCCCAAUUAAAAUUAAUAUAAUUUAAGUAGUACAUGAUCAAAAUUUCUUACAUUUACUUUUCAUAUUCCUCUUAGGAAUGAAGAGGAAAGGAGGGUAAGUUGAAUCAUAAUUUCUUUGAGAUCAAAAAGGUAGAGACUAUGGCAAAUUAAACAAUUGGUUCAUACGUCAGCGUGUGUUCAUCGAGAUAUGAAGCACACAGGAAGUUUGGAGAGCAUGAAAGAUGCGUAAGAGUUGUGCAAGGCAUAGCCGAGAGCAACUCUAGCUUCUUGAGUGCUCUCCAAACUUCCCAAGUGCUUCAUAUCUUGAUGAACACACAGAUGAUGUAUAAAACAAUUGUUUUAUAACAUUUUCAACUCGAUGGGAAAUUUUUUUUCUUGAGGGAUUUGUUUGCUGACGUCAUGAGCGUGCACAAUAGGAAUAUCAAGCAUGCUCGUGCAAUUGAAUUUGAUUAGACAAAUUUACUAGCUAUGUUAUAAUACAGGUUAGGGUAUAGGUAGUUGUUUCCAAAAAUUUUUUUAUAUUCAUCACUUCUUUGUAAGAUGAAUAAAUAACCACUUGAGUUAAGAAAUGGUGUCUUAUUAUAUCAAAAUACUUAGUUGAUUGAGGAUCCUCAAUUCUAAGGUUCAGAUCCAUACCAAGGUAUCAUGGCUCUAUUGCAUUGCUGAGACCAAUAGAUAGUUAUAAAAAACAAUUUUUUUAUUGUGUUAUGAAGAAAAUAUUUACUCUUGCUUGAUCACAGCUGGCCAUCAGAUCAUUAUCAGGACACAAGUGGAAGGGGAGAGUGCUUUCUGCUAAGGUAUUAGACAGUAAUAUUGUUACCCUGACAUGCUGCAUCUAUUAUGCCCAAAAAAACUAAACAAAUCCUUAUAACUGCAAGCUUCCCACAGCUGAAUAUAUUAACGCCAGUGACUGAGUGUCAUUUCUGUUUAAUUUCAAGGCUCCAAGCUAAUUUUUAUCAGAAUUGCUGCUUAGCUUUCAAAAAAAAAGGAAUUAAAAGGAAACUUGGCACAAUAAUGCUUGACAUAUUGUACAGCUUACUACAUUACAUAUCUUUGGAAUGAUUAACUGGGCCUGGAAUCAAAAUAAUGCAAUAAAAAAUUGUAAACAUGCUUUUGUUUUCCUGUAGGCAUUUUGGCCAGUAAGACUAGAAAAAGGUUUGCUUGAUCAAAGGCUCUAAUAGUAUGUAUGUUGAUAAAUCAUUAUUUUUUUUUUAGCCAGCCCAGCCACUUCCUGAUCCUCUAGCUCUGCAGCGAGCAGAAGGAUUGGCAAGAAAAAGGAUGAUUCAGGGUAAGAACUAGACAAAUGCUACUGCUCUUUUUUUUCUCUGCUUGUGGCAUACUGCUGAAGUCUAAGCUUAUUACUUUAGCCCCUAAGAGUGACUGGUUUCUAAUUUCUCUUUACACUAUCACCCUUGAAUCAAAUUUACAGGUCAUGAAAAUAAUAGAAAUGAUGACCAAUGUGUUACAAAUUUUGUCAUUACCUAAGUUUGGAUACAGAAAUGUUUAUUUUUUUGUUUGGAUGAACAUAUUUUGUUUUGAAAUUUUUAGUUAUUGGUUUUGCAUAAUAGUUGGUCACAAUACUUGAUUAACAUGAAUUUAGGCUUGGAAUAAGUUUCUGGCUUCAAACCAGACACUAUCAAACUACUGUAUCGUGAAAAUUUCUUCCAACUCUUGACCUUUACCAGGAAAUGUUUUUUGGUAGUAAUAUAAUUUUGAUUCAGUAGCUAAGAGAAGUCCUUUCUUCCAAGGCAAGUUACAUUUUGUGUAAUGUUUGUUUCUUGAAAAUGCUUUAGAUGCAGCGCGUUCAAAUGUAGAUGCCAAGAGAAUAAAAGUUGAUGAAGAUGAAGGAGAAGAGCUAGCCAUUUCUGUCAGGUGAGAAUCAAAGUUUUCUUUGUCUACCUCAUGCUUGGUUAACCCAUUAACUCCUAGAAGUGAUUUCCUUGUAACUUAUCCCUGUAAUAUCUGUACAUUAUCCAGCCAAAAGGUAAUGAGAAUACUCAGACUUAUCAGAAAGAUUAGUUGUUAUCUUGAUCUAACACCAAAUUCUCAUAACUUAUUUAAAAGAAAAUGUGUACCAGUUAGAGGGGAGAAUUAACAAUCAGAUCUUGGGAGUUAAAGAGUAAAGAAAGAGGGGAAGGAGAUACAGUCAUUUUGAAAUGAAAACACCAUCUGUUCUGCAGAAAGAAAGUAUUGCUGGCUAACAGGUUUUAGCCAAGUCAUGUGUUAGACAUUUUACCUAAAUAAGCAUCAAGUUUCCAGAUGUGUUGGGUACUCUGGGCCAGUGAAUAUUUAUGUUUUGAUUCUUUUAUGUGGUGCUUGUAUGAGUUAAUGUAGUAGAUCAGGGAUUUUGUGAACCUUUGAAGUAAACAGCUGCCAGGUAGGCAGGUAAUAGAAGUUCAACUUUUACUGUAUGGCUAUUAAAUUCAGUGAAAGUAAUCAGAAAUUUUGAUUGACAUAUACAGCAAAUUUUUCUGGCUGUGGGCUGUAAUUGAAACUCUUGGUGUAUUGUAAAGAUUCCUCCCCGUAGAGGUCAUCAUCUCAGCAAUUUUUCAAAUCUGUUUGGCUUGUAUGUAUCAACAACAGUCCUGUUUUUGUUAUCCAGGUUAAACCAUGUUGUGACUCCUUUGUGGGAUCAGCCAUACAGCAAGCAAAUGGAAGUAAGUACAACUUAUAACUGCUCAAGGUGAAUUUAUCUGUCUACUCUGACACGUCCAAGGCUGUCUUGACAUUGGCAAGUGUUCCCCAAAUUGUUUAUCAUGGUGUCGUACCACUCAUGAAGUAUUUUUCCACAAUCAUUUGACAACUUUUAUUUUUUAAAUUGUAACUAGUGAAUGUGCAGCUGGGAAUCCUUCUGUAUUUGAGUGCCAGACUGCUAGCAUCUUGAAUUUGCUAAUGGUACUUUGAGUGCGAUGCUCAAUGAGUUUCUAGAAAUUUUGGAAAAGUAUCUGAUAAGUCUCUUGGCCAAGAUGAAACACUGCAUUAUACCAGCCACUAAGUAUUUUUUCACAAGUAUGAUGUUGUUGAUGGACAAAUGUGAUAAGUUUUUCUUCUACAAGUCCCCUUUUUUUAGCUCUCAAUGCUUUAAUAUCGGUGUGCAUAUUCUCCUCUCUGUUCUUCGUACAUUUUCUAUGGUUCUGACAAGGAAAAUUUGUGUAGCAAUCACGAGCCACUUUUGUUGUUGAUCAUUUUCCUUAAUUCUCGUGACUCGUAUAUUUGAUUUAGCAGUGAUACUGUAAGGAGAAAUUAGAUGCUAGUCACUCUGUGGAGUUAACCCUUUAACUCCCAAGAUCUGAUUGUUAAUUCUCCCUUGUAGCUGCUACACAUUUCCUUGUAAAUUAGUUAUGAGAACUUGGUGCUAGAUUAAGAUAGCAGCUUCUACCUGAUAAGUUUGAAUGUUCUCAUUACCUGUUUGCUGAAUAAUGUAUGGAUAUUGCAGGGAGAAGUUUUAUGUUAAUCACUUCUGAGAGUUACAGGGUUAAAGGGUUAAACCUGACAUACCAGUUUAUGAACUAGGAUGGAAUUUGUAACAUAAUAUAUUUGCCUUGACACGGGAAUUCUCCUUUAGUUAAAAAACUCCAGAAUUUUUCCUAAUCCUGUGCAUUCAAAGAAAACCAGCUUGUCUUUGUACACUUUGACAGUUUCACUCUAUUUGUUUGUUUGCAGACUAAGAGGAGUAACAUGCUGGAGAUUUUGGGGAAACUCACCAGAAAGUUGAAAGCCAUAAUGGUGCUGAAGGUAUAUGAGGAAACUGUCAUUAGAAUUUAUGUUGUCAUGUGAAACUUUUUGUGGCAAGAAUACUGAUCAUUGUUCUCCUCAUCUGUACAGAACAACUGGGUGGAACAAGAGAGGUAAGCAUACAUCUUGCAUUGAGUUUUUUUUGUUUUGUUUUCUCCUAGAAACACAUUUCUAGCCCAGCCUUCAUCCUCAAAUAAGGGCUUCCUCUCAAACAAGUGCUCCUUUGGAAUAUGUGCCCCUCCUAUUAGGCAAAACAUGAAACAGCCCCCCCCCCUCCUCCCCUCAAGUAUGCCAACUCCAUAAGUUUAGAAAAGUAACCAUGCUGUGAUGCUAUUAGCACUUUAGGAUCAGCCUCAUAAAAUGAUAUGCUGUCUAUGCUGUUGGUUGUAUACAGAUGUUAUGUUAAAAUAAGCUGUCAUAUCUUGCUGUUAUUUGGGAGAAUCUUAAUGAGCACCACCCCAAAAGUGCCCCUCCCCUAAAAACUUUACUCACACAAUGCCUCUUCACCCAUGAGCGUAGAUGUGUACUGGAAAAUUGUCAGGGAAGCUUGGUGAAAUGCAAGGCAGGGUGACCUUGAGAUGGAUUAGCAUCCCACCCAGAGGAGAGAAGUCAAACUCCUAGAUGCUUCAUGCUACAGAAAUCGGGACAAGCCCCAACCAGUUGGGCCAAUUGGCUUAAAUACAGACUUGACCUCAAUUUAGAAGGAGUACCCCAGAUGCUAACUUUAGGAUUGGCUGUAUAUUUUUGAUUGCAUUUGUAAACCAAUUCAGGCUGCUUAAUAAUUAUUUAGAGCAAACUUUUGAGUCCAAUGCUCCAUUAUCAGUUUAAUUGCUGUUUUUAUAUUUCUGUAGUGCUAAAAGAAAUGGAAUUUGUUGCGAGCUUCUGGACUGUGUUGAAUCAGUAAGUAACAGUGAUGCUGAUUUAAUUGCUCUUUUUUAUUUCUUAUAAAUUUUGCUUAUAAACUGAAAUGAGUCGGUAAUCAGAAAGUCUGAUUUUUAAGUGACUCUGAUUUUUAUUUUCACAAGAAAUGUGUCAUUCUACCAUAUUUUGUUUUUCCUGUUCUAUUGAAGUAUUUUCUUGAUAGACAGUUCAUGAUUAAUACUUAUGAAAGAAAUCUAGGAGUACUUAUUUCUUGUAACAGAAAAAGAGAAAAAGGUUGUCUUUACUGAAAAACAGAAAACAAAGUUUUGGCAUGAAAGGGACAAGCAGUGUUGGUAACAUUGUAGUAGGUUGAUCACAAGCUGUGAUCCCAAUGUUGUCAUGGUUACUAGAUGGGUUUCUGAGGCCCUUUAAGAGAGUCGGGCGGCAAUGUGAUGGGCAGACAAUACAUGAAGUCAGACCUCAUCCCAUCCAUUAAUUUUGCCUUUGAAACAUUUCAGCCUGUUCUCGAUGGGUAUCGAAAUAAGUGUGAGUUCACUAUAGCUGAAGGUCCUGAUGGAGGUAGGAUACUGUUGGCAUGGUUUAUGAGUACAUGCACAUUCAGAAAUUAACUCCAAAUAGAAGGCCCUGAAUCUGACCCUUGGACAUACAAGCUGCUUGAAAUAAAGUGGCUGCCUCUCCACAUCAGCCUUCUCUGCAGAAAGUUACAGCUACUUCAUUACAAAGCUGCUCAGUUCCAUACUUAUCACUCUUGAUAACCCUUUCACUCCCAGGAGUGACCAAAAAUGAAUUUCCCUUCAUUUCUUUAACCCAUGUACAAGCAAGAUAACAAGGACAAAGGAAAAUUGGUUGGUUACUCACCAAAUUCUCAGAGCUGAAAUUGAAAGAAAUGUAAACUGUACUCUAAUGCAUUUCAGGAAAGUGAUUUUAGACCUUGGGAGUGAAAGGGGGGAAAAGGGUGGUACCUUCCCAACAUCGGCCACCUCUACACUGGCCAGUCAUCGCUUAUCAGUACUUCAGUAGUGUGGCUAUUGUUGAGAGGUUCAACUGUUAUUUGUACCACCCAGUUUGGUUUUGCCCUGUGGAAAUAUUCUGAAAUUUUUCUAUUGAUACAAACAAUCACAUGGCUAAACUCCACACCAUUUACAGGUAUUCUUAUUGAUGGUUAUGCAAUAGCAGUAACUGUCAAUAAAAAAAACUGCUUUACUAAUAUAAAAGAGAUUCCUCUCAACAGGUAUCAGAACUUUUUGCACCCAACACAUGAAUUACCCUUUUCACAGCAUUAGCAUAACCAAAAUACUAAACAUAACUGAUGAAUGCAAUUUGAGUCUCAUAGCUAUUCAAAUAACAACCAAAAGUACAAGUUAGUUUCCACUAAGCAAAUUUAUAACAGUUUACUGCACUGCAAAAUUUACUCUAACUUGACACCAAUGAUGUCUUCUGUUUGGGUUUUCAAAUCAUCAGUAAAUACCUUCGCCUGAGGAUCACACCACAUUGUCAACCUCAGAAAAAAGUUAUCAUUAUUUUUCUUUUUAACAUGAGGUUAUGACCAUUGAGCAUACCAACUGCUGACCAGAGGUUCCCUUGUAUGUCUGAGGGUUAAAACAAAAGUUACAUUAAUGUUGAUGUUAUUUAAUUUGUUUCCAAUGCAGAGAAAUUUGUAAAUUUUAAUCUAUUUCCAGACUGAUAUGUCUUUUUUAAGUGACAUAGUUUAGUCUGUGCUCAAAAUUUGUAUGGCCUCAACACUUUUUUUGUUUGUUUUGUACCUUUCUAAGAAUAAAAAUGAAUUCCCAGAGGCAAACUGCUAACAGUCCACCACAGAAUAAAUAAUUCUUUGAUCCCCUCACAAAUGAGUUUUUCAUCAUAUACCACCUAGCAGAAGUUCAUUCAAGUGUCAAAUUGGAGAGGUAUUAUGAAGGUGAAAAAUUAAGUACUAGUAUUAGUAUUGUUAUUUAAGUUAUCAUAGCAUAACAUUUUUAAAAACGUUUUCCCUUGUGCAGCUAAAACAGUUGGAUUCCGCCUUGGUUCGUAUAAAGGUAAGACCCUUGAUUGGUCAAUUUUCAUCUGCAUGAAGUAUACCUUGGUGAAAUUAAUAGGGUCAUUUUAGUAUUAUCAACUGAGUUGAUUAUGUAAAUUGGCCAUUAUAAAGAUUUUCAAAGCUGACGUUUCGAGCAUUAGUCUUUGGUCAGAGCAAAUUUAGGAAUUGUGGGUUGUGCGUGUUUUUUAUGCAGAAAAUGGAGCAAUGCCAUUGGUGGAAAUAUGGUGACGAGACUUCAAGAAUAAAUUAGUUGAAUGAACAGCACUUGUUGAUACCAAAGAUAAAUUUUUGUUCUAGAGCUUUGCAGCUUUGCAAACUGCCUAGAUGUAGGGAAAGGCUGAUUUAAGUGUCUAGCAACUGGUUUGGAUGCAUCCUUGUCAUUUCUUUCUAUGUCAUGAAGAUGUUCUUGGUGAAAUUAUAAUGAGACACUGGUUAAAAUUGGUGAAGAGAAUUCCAUGUUUCAGUUUGGCACAUCAAACUAGAAAAUGCAUAGCUGUGUAUCCCUUAUAUUCAUUUACUUGAUCAAUUUUUUUUGGUUCUUUCCUAGAGGGUUAUAGUGGAGUUGUAGAGCCAUCUGAAUGUAUUCAUAUUUCAGAUAAGGCCAAGGCCAUUGCUAAGGUAAGAUAUUGCUUCUUUACUGAUCUGACAAUGUCUCAACUUACUAUGAUGUGACCAGUUUGUAAUAGGGCCUUUGCUCUUUGCAGGCUUUUCAAACUUAUGUACGGAAGUCGCCAUUGCCAGUAUAUGAUCUCUGUUUCCACACUGGGUAGGUUCUCCUAUAUUUUUAUUUGCUGUUUUUAGUUACUGACAAAAUGUGUUUGCUGGUGAUUUGAGUGCUGGUGAUAAUAUUUUCUGACACCUGUUAAGAUAAAUCUGAUAUUUAACAAUUAUUUACUGAAGUGGAGGUAAAUAUCCAGCACCUUCACUAAAACAGUGGUGUAUAGCUGUUUCAGUAUGUGGCACACAGAAACUAAAAAAAUUGUUAAUUUCUUUCAAAAUACUGAAAAAUAAUCCAAAAUUAAACUCUUGAGUGUGAUUUUGUCUUUGUGCCUGUUUAGAGGUUAAUAAUACAAACUAAUCAUGUCUAAAUUAGCCAAUUAGUGUGUGCCAAAAACAAGAUUUACUUGUGUAGUAUAUACUAAAAUUUGAUCUUGGGAGAUGCUGUGGCUAAGUGGUUGGUAAGGUGGACUCUAGAUUUAAAGAUCUGGGUUCAAGCUAUGGCUACAUCAUUGUGUUGUUAGAGAUAAGCCAACUAGCUGAUAAGCUAAUUUCCCUAUAGAACCUGUUAACCAAGUUUGAACUUAAAAAUAUUUUCUUACCCUGUUUGGUGGAUAGAUAUUGGCAAACAUUGACAGUUCGAAGCACUAUGUAUGGUGACACCAUGGCCGUGCUACAGUUCAGCCCUCAAAAAAUGACCAAGGUAUUGUAUGUUAUGCACAUGUACUGAGGAUAUUGAGAUAUAUUGGAAACUUUGAGAAUGUACUAUAUAUUGUGAGUUACAGCAUGCAGGUGCUAUCUUUUUAUAGUUGAUUGCUGGUAUAAAAAAAAAGACUGUCUAGCAGAUUAAUUUGACUCAUUUGAUUGACUGCUUUUAAUUACUGUAGGAAGAAAUUGAAGCAGAAAAAGAGCAAAUCAGUGAAUAUUUCAAAACAGGUGAAGGGAAAGAUGUAACACUUACAUCACUCUAUCUUCAAAUAAAUCACACAAGGUAAGAUUAUUCCUGGUGCUUUCAAGUUAAAAAAAACUAUGUUGGAGACAUGAUAGUCUACAGUUGCAGCAACAUUUCAACUACAUUGUCUCUCCAGAAAUAAUUUAGUUCAAGUGUUUGAAGCCAAACUCUUUCUUUCUGUACAUUCAGCUUCCUCUACAUACCACAGCCUCUGCCAUGUUAAUGUAUCUUUUAAAUUCUAAUAUGUGACUUUGUGGCCUUAUGCUUAACCAUUUUCACCCCAACGUCAGUAUACAUAUUCUCCAAACUGUUCUAUAUACAUUUCCUAUGGUACUGACAGGGAGAAUUUAUUUAACAAUCAGGAGCUUCUUCAGUUGGUGAUCAUUUCCUUUAUUCUCAUGACCUCAGUGUUUGUUUUAGGGGUGAUAAUGAUUGGAGAAAAUAGUUACUAAUCACUCUUAGGGGUUAAAGGGUUAAUGCACUGAGCUGUAAGUCAAGAUGUCUUAACUUAAGCCAUGUCUGGGUCAUUGUCUUGUUUUCUUGGGCAAGACACUUGUGUCUACCAGUGAGUCUGGCCUCCAAGGAGUAUAACUGGGUACUAGCAAAUUGUCAGGAAACCUGAAACAAAAUACGAGGGGCAAAUUGCAAGGUGCAUGCCAUCACUGGGGCAGAACUGUAGUGUUUUUAAAGGAUCUAUGCUAUGGAAUUUAGGUAAAACUGCAGCAUUGUGGGGCAGACUUUAAUCCAUAUUUACAAAAAAGUUUGUAACAUCAAUGUAACUUUGUUCCUUUUAUAGGGCUGUAGGAGGAAAUGCAGAGGCUCCUUUUGUUCAUAUCAUGGGAGAUGAGGUGAGUCCUGCAAUGCAGUGUCAAACAACUCUCCCUUCUGAUCUUCUCAAUACAACUUUAUCCAUACAUAAUACUCUUUUUUGGUUUUGUAUACCUUUGUUGACUUUUGCUCUAACUGAAGUAAUUUGUUUAAUUUUAAGCAUAUCUAUGAAGAGCUUUGUGGAUUGAAAUUCAGAAUAUCUCCUGAUUCCUUUUUUCAAGGUAAACAGCCAUCAUUAAUUCAACGUAGUUUUCUCAUAGUUUUUGCCUCGAUUAACGAUAAGCCUCUAAUUUGUGGUAUUAAGUAGCUUUCAACCAAAAAUCACAGCAACUAAUCAAAAAAAAAUAUUUCCCUCGGAGCCAAUUAGGACACUAGGUAAAAACAACCAAACUCUCUAAAGCUCAGGAGAACACAGCCUAAUAAGCCAGGAUUGAAUAAAGGAGGUAACUUUUUAAAGAGACUGUGGUGCUACGUCGAUGAGAGAGUAUAACAGGGUCAUUUAGCAUUAUCAACCGUAAAGAGUUUCAAAGCUCAAAAUGUUUUGAACUCUUGCGGUGGCCAAUUUACGUUAUCAACGCUGUUGAUAAUACUAAAUUUCCCUGUUAAGUCAAGAUUGGUUUUUGGUUUUGAAUCUGCCUAUUGGUUUAAACGAGGGCAUCAGUUGUCUAGACUAAAUACUGAGUAAAGUAGAGCCAAACGGGUGUUAUCCCACACGGCUUUUGAUGCAAUCGCUUUGAUGUACCCGUUUGUUUUCUGUGCCCAGUGAACACCAAGGCAACUGAAAAGUUAUUUGACUUGCUGAAAGAGUGGUGUGGUGACCACCUAGACGAAACAGUGGUACUUGGUGAGUAAUAGGCAUACUACUUUUAGAGUGCUUUUUCGAUUGUGUAUCUUAAUACGAAAACCAAAGUAAUUACAACAGCCAAUCAGAGCAGAGCAAAAUAUCACAAGGAUAGCAACAGUAAAAGCAAGCAAAGUAUAUGAAGCGCGGGAAAAGCGAGCAAUCAAGUUGUCAUUGGUUUUAGUUUUGAAUCUGAUUGGUUGAGAAAAUGGUGCGAGUUUUGCUCAAGCCUGGGCAUCCUGUAGAAAAUUUGUUGAAGGGUGGGAAAUGCACCAAUGGUGUUCUUACAUCAGUUCAUAGAAGAACCAGCUGUGAGCAAGCUAUGGUAGAACCCAAUUGCAUAAAGGGGUAAGUUUCUAAAGAAACUGUGGGAGAGUAUAACAGGGUAAUUAAAACUCUUUAUGGUGGCCAAUUCACGUUAUCAACUCAGUGCAUAAUACUAAAUUUCCCUGUGGUAGAACCCAGCUGUUUUUAACAUAAUAGGGAAAAUAAAAAUGACUGGAGGGAGUAAUGCUUAGACUCAAGUGAGUUCGAGAUGACCAUGGUAAAUUGCCUAAAAACCUUGAGCAAAAUCAGUGGUACUUUCGACACCACAACUUAAGAAUCUUCAUUUUAAUAAUGGUAUCUAUGUUCUCUCUACCAGACAUAUGUUGUGGUACUGGAGCCCUUGGUCUAUGUCUGGCCCAGGUGAGUUAAGUAUUUCUUGUUGAUAACACAUUCAGAACCCUUUUCAUCGCAGCAGCCAGCCGGGACAAAGGUUUACGACAUGACGAACCGGUGGGAACUCGAAAUAAAUGCAUGGAAGUGGCAUCUGAUGGGUCGAGAGGGUGGCGCUGACUUCUAGACUAGUCUAAGGGCAUAAUAAAUCUAACCCAACCCGAAUGUAUUUGAAACCCAAUUCAAAAUUGCUCCAAUCUUUCCAAGGAAAACCAAACUGGGGAUUUCUUCCUAGACGGAAAAUUAUUACGCUACACAUGAUAAAUCAGCCUGCUGCGAAUAUUUGAAAACUGGAAAAUUGUCUCAUAACCAGUGAUUCUUUUACAGAGCGUGAAGCGAGUGAUAGGUGUUGAGAUUAUCGAAAAUGCUGUGGAAGAUGCCAAAGCUAAUGCGGAUUUAAACGGUGAGUUCGUACAUGUUGCCUCUCUUCACAGUCUUGUUUUACUUUUGAUGGAUCGCCGGUCUCAUACAUACAGCUCUUUGCCAUUUUUUUUAAAUCGUCUCUGAAAAAUAGCGGCCGAAGGGCUAUGUAUGGUUGCCCGAGCCAUGAGAAGCAUACCGCAAAUGUCUCAUUAAAAACCCCAACACCACCCCUUUGGCUUGGGCUUCUUGACGGGGGAAGAGGGGGGGGGUUUCCGUAUUAGAAAGCGGUGCCUUUCAGAGGCAGGGGUGGCGUGUUUAAACUCGGCCGCCCAGCUUUUGAGAAAACUAUACACAGUCUACAUUUCGUUACAUUAGAGACGCAAUAGUUUAAAAAGAAACUGAUACGGCUUUGAAUACAAGGAUAUUUUGUUAUUUCGGUAUUGCUAUUUGUCAAGCAUUAUUAUCAUUUUUUUUUCCUUGCCGUGCGUUUUUUAUUGUGGAGUCUUGUGAUGGGGGAAGUGGAGACAAGGGUCCCGUACGGAAGAAGGUUUAAUUCUUUAACUCCCAGAUCAAAUUUGUAAUCCUCCUCACUGUCCACUAUACAAUUCUUAUAAUGUUAGUUCAGAGAAUUUAGUAUUGGAUCAGCUAAUUAUCCUCAAAUUGAUAUUUUUCUCUGUUCUCAUCACUUAUCUGGUUGAUAUUGAGUCGAUACUGUAAGGAGAAAUUCUGUCUUGGUCACUCAUGGGAGUUAAAGGGUUAACAGCAACUUGAAGCUCCAGUCAGAAAUUUAUCACUGUAUCUUGCACUUUAGGGGUUUCAAACGCUCAGUUUGUCUGUGGGAAAGCGGAAGACAUCAUUGUUGACGUGUUCAAGAACAUGCCGAGAAAAACUAAGAUCAUCGGCAUCAUGGACCCACCCCGAGCUGGACUUCGUAAGUCACCGGAACACAUCGUGAAUAUUUCGUAACCAGCAUGUGUGGCGUAACUUGUACAGUUUAUUGCCGUAAAAUUUGCUCUAUCGCAAUGUGAAAAUUUUUCGACUCAAUUGAGUUACACGGCUAUGUCUAUAGGGAAUAUUCUAAGGGAGUAAGCGCAUAAAGUAAUCAGAAAAGGAAGCGCUAGAAUUGUUAGGAUAUGUGAUACCACUAGCUGUGCAAUUUACAACGCUAGACGUUGCAUCAGAUGCUUAUUUUAUUUUCUUUAUUAUAUAGUCCUUCUUAUUACUUUUAGCCUUUCCUUUCUUUAUGUGUCUGUCUUGAACCGACAGCUCUUUCUCUCUACCUUAGGGUGAAAAAUCAUUUCCUCUGAGCUGAGUUAUGUUCUGUUCUGUCUUUUUGCUUUUUCUGUUUCUGUAGACCAGUCAGUUAUACACGCAAUCAGGAAGAGUCGUCGGAUGGACAAACUGAUAUACGUGUCAUGUAACCCAAGCGCUGCUUUCGUGAACUUUCUCGAGUGAGUUUUCGACUUUCUGCCAUACGUUUUACUUCUACUCUUCCCAACGAAGUUCAGAGGGAGGGGGGUUGAGGGUAACCCGUGAUGGAACAGGGACUUGCAAUAUUGUUAGCAGCUUCUUACCUCAGAACUCGGAUGUAAGCUUCGACGGCGAUAGAUUACGAUACUUUUUACAAUAGAGUAUUUUUCAAUUGAGUGUUGACAAACCGAGCCAAAGUAAUUACAAUUACCAAUCAGAAUACAGGGUAAAAUCAUCAGCAGCCAAAGAGAACUCAUCGUAAAAAAACAGACAACCUGCUUAAAGCUUGGGAGAACACGAGUGACCGAGUUGGGACUGGUUCUAGUUAAAAAUUUUGGGCCAAAUUUCCUGGACCAAUCACAUAAGGAACUGAGGCGGGGUUAUUUUCGAUACUAAACUUUAACUGUUCUAAUGACCAUGGCCCAGUUGUUCAAAGGAUGAUUUGCACUAAUCCAGGGUUACAUGGUAAUCCGGGUUUCUUUAAUUCUUUGUUCAAAAGCCUUUUUUGGAUGAUUUUUACUAUUCGUCAUGCAAUCAUCAAAUUGGAGACAAAAAGACAUUUAUACUGAAUUUUCUUUUAAAGCCUUCAGAACUGAAAUCAGAUUUCACACCAACCCUUAGUUAUCUUAAUUCAGCUUUGGAACAACCCGGCCCAUAACUAUACUCAUCUUGGUAAUUUAGGCGACGAGGAAGAUUUUUAGAGUUGGGAAAAGCUCUUUCGUUAACUUCUUGUUUUGCACCUUUUCGACCCUAGCCUUGCGUUUUUUUUAAUGAUUCGCACUCAAUCACGCAAUCACUUUUGUCUUUUUUUUUCCUUUUAUUUUCAGUCUAUGUAGGCCAACCUCAAAGAGGAUCAAAACAGCACCAUUUCGAUUGGUGAAAGCCGUACCUGUGGAUCUUUUUCCUCAUACCAAACACUGUGAAUUAUUGCUGCUGUUUGAGAGAGACAUGACCUCUGUGGAUGCAGCAAAGUUUUACAAGUGGUACUACUAA